AUGGCGGCAAGCAUUCGGCCAAUGCUUCUUCAGGGACCGAUCGUCGGCAAUCGGGGACAGCUCCUAUUGGAAAAUGAGAUGUGCUCGUCGUGUUUUCACGACGGACUCGUGUGUCAACGAUCGGUCCCAGAAGAACUUCCUAGGUCCUCCCACCAAAAGAAAACGAGCAUAAGAUUGUGUUUAUUCAAUCUAUCCAUUCUGUGUUUACUUGGUGAUAUCUAUCUAUCUAUCUAUCUAUCUAUCUAUCUAUCUAAGUCUGUUCAUAUCCAUCUACCUAAGUGUGUUCAUAUCUAUCUAUCUAUCUAUCUAUCUAAGUCUGUUCAUAUCCAUCUAAGUCUGUUCAUAUCUAUCUAUCUAUCUAUCUAUCUAUCUAUCUAUCUAUCUAUUCUGUUCAUAUCUAUCUAUCUAUCUAUCUAUCUAUCUAAGUCUGUUCAUAUCCAUCUACCUAAGUGUGUUCAUAUCUAUCUAUCUAUCUAUCUAUCUAUCUAUCUAUCUAAGUCUGUUCAUAUCCAUCUAAGUCUGUUCAUAUCUAUCUAUCUAUCUGUGUUCAUAUCUAUCUAUCUAUCUAUCUAUCUAUCUAUCUAUGUUCUGUUCAUAUCUAUCUAUCUAUCUAUCUAUCUAUCUAUCUAUCUAAAUCUGUUCAUAUCCAUCUAUCUCAGUGUGUUCAUAUCUAUCUAUUUAUCUAAAUCUGUUCAUAUCCAUCUAAGUGUGUUCAUAUCUAACUAUCUAUCUAUCUAUCUAAAUCUAUUCAUAUCCAUUAAAAUCUGUUCAUAUCUAUCUAUCUAUCUAUCUAUCUAUCUAUCUAUCUAUCUUGUGUUCAUAUAUCUAUCUAUCUAUCUAUCUAUCUAUCUAUCUGUCUGUCUAAGUAUGUUCAUAUCUAUCUAUCUAUUAGUGUGUUCAUAUCUAUCUAUCAAUGUAAGUGUGUUCAUAUCUAUCUAUCAAUGUAAGUGUGUUCAUAUCUAUCUAUCUAUCUAUCUAUCUAUGCUUUAUAUUUAA